AUGCGGCAUGUCAGUGUUGGGGCGUCUCGCAAGGUGACGAGCAUGAGUGGCAAGCCCUUUGACAGGGAUUGGAUAUCCUCCAGCCCGUUCGCGUUCAUGAUGGGUUUCAUUGGCUGGACCGCGCCCUCUUCCAUUGGCGUCCCUGCAUACGAUGGCAACAGUUUGUUUGGCUCGUUGCUUGGGCAAAUAGUGAAGGAAUGGCAGCACUUCCCCACAGGACCUGCCCUGGACUCUCCAUUCUGGCUGUACCUGAUCACCUGGCACCUUGGCCUCUUUGUUACCCUCACUCUCGCUCAGAUCGGCUUCAAUGGCAACAAGCAGGGGUACUUUGAUUAG